AUGGGGCAACCUACCCCAUCCCGAGAUCGCAGCAUCAAUAACUCUCGAACUGAUUCACAGGCUCGCGAAGUUCGGCAAGGGAGAAAAGAUGGCGGCAGCCCAAACGAGCUGGGAGGUGUGGUGUGGGCUCGUAGUGGGACAAGGCAAGACACGAGAGCCCAAGUGACGUCUGUCGGUUACAGCGCCUGCAGAUCGAGCGGCAACCACAAUUUCGCCGAUGACGUCCAACCGCCAGCUGCCUGCAAGCAGGGUGGUGGCGAGCAUCAAACUUCUCCAGGGUCUUCUGCAGGCCAGCUGCGCCUGUGA